AUGUGCGGCAGCUCCGGCAAAAGACUACCAGCGAAGCCGAGGAGGCAUCCUGAGGAGCAGGAGCGCUUGCUCCAGAGGCUAGUCGGGGUGCACAUGGACCUGUCGGACAACAACGAAGACGGAUCAAGCUCCAACGACAAUGACCGUUCGGCGACUGAUGCAUACAUCGACAGCCAGAGCAGCACCGUGACCGGAAGGACCGUCGCUGUUCUUCUCGUCUUAUCCCCUUCCUCCUUGGUAUCUGUCAGUCACUUCCCCCUCCCCCUCUCCGCCUCAGUCUCUCUAGGUCUCUGUCUUCUCCUCUUCUUCCCCAAGCUUAGGGAUUUACCAAUCGGGGGAGUUUCGUUGCUGACGGAUUGCCGUUGCUCCAUCUCCUCUUUUUCAGGCAUGGUUUGCCCUGUUUGUCGUUGCCCAGGUGCUCCUUGCGUACCAUUUCUGCGAGCGGAUGAAGUCCCUGAAGUUUUCGAUGUUGUCGUUGACGAGGAUUGCUUCAGAAUGAUGGCCAACACAUGAGAUACAGCAGGAUAUGGACCCAAUAAUUAAAGGAAAAGGGGGUGUGUGGUCAGAUUAUCAUUUACCUUGCAAUUACCAGAAGCAGCUUGUUCUCCAG